AUGUCAAUGAUUGAUCCACCAAGAGCAGCUGUUCCAGAAGCUGUUGCUAAAUGUCGUUCAGCUGGAAUAAAAGUAAUAAUGAUAACAGGUGAUCAUCCGAUAACAGCUAAAACAAUAGCUCAAGCUGUUGGAAUAAUAUCCGAAGAGUGUGAAACAGUUGAAGAUAUAUCUCUUAGAUUAAAUAUUCCAAUUGAAAAUGUUAAUCGACGUGAUGCUAAUGCUUGUGUUGUUCAUGGAGAUGAUUUAAAACAUAUGACAUCAUCACAAUUAGAUCAUCUUUUAAAAAAUCAUUCAGAAAUUGUUUUUGCAAGAACAUCACCACAACAAAAACUUAUUAUUGUUGAGGGAUGUCAAAGACAAGGUGCAAUUGUUGCAGUCACUGGAGAUGGUGUUAAUGAUUCACCUGCUUUGAAAAAAGCAGAUAUUGAAAUAGCUAUGGGUAUUGCUGGUUCUGAUGUAAGCAAACAAGCAGCUGAUAUGAUAUUAUUAGAUGAUAAUUUUGCUUCAAUAGUAACAGGUGUUGAAGAAGGUCGUUUAAUAUUUGAUAAUUUAAAAAAAUCCAUUGCAUAUACAUUAACAUGA